AUGAAAGACCCCGUCGGUGCCAUACAGACGCUGCGUCGGCUGCAUCGCGAGACUCCGAUCGGGCAGGAGAACAACGAACUCUACGAAUGGGCCGAUAAGUUCCUCUGCGUCCUAGCGGUCGAUCAGGACUGGGCUCAAGAGCCGCAGCGGAGACUUGUACGGGCAGAUCUCGCGAACGUCUGCCUUGAUAUCAUCAUGCGUGCGGACUUCUGGCAGAGCCAUUGGUACUUCUGCAUGCCCAUUUUGAGGAGCACUGCUAUGGUCGUGCAGCUUACGAGGAAAUACAAAGAUCCGAAGGUGGUGCAGGUGCUGAAUGGCCGUGCAAAAGCACUGUGGCGAAGUGUUUGGGAGAGAAAAACGCAGUGGAAGUCCCUCCUAACUCAUGCGGAUCGACAAGAGAACCAUCAAGAGCCUCUCGUUCAGCUGUUAUCGGGUUAUGGUAACCUUUACAUUGAUCAGGGCCAAUUGCCUUACUUGAAUACAUAUAUGCCGCACGUUGGCUUGCACGCAUGGUUACAGUACGGCGACGACGGUCCGGUUUUGGAACCCAUUCGCAAUGCCGUCAUGGGUCUCAUGGCGGUGGACCAAGAAGCCUGCCGGAAAUUCUUUCGAGACGAGGGGAUCUCUGGCGCUGUUGCUGAGAAAGUCGUAUCAAAGAUCAAACAAGAAUUCGUGCGAUCCGAUAGCGCCCAGGAGUUCGUUCAUCUAUCUCCAUUCUUGUUUACCUUCACGAACUGUCGCGAACUUUUCCCCUUCUAUGAGCCUUACUCGCUCAUUCACGAAGUGUCUACGUUACUAGACCGGCUCUGCGCCGGAGUAGGAACACGCGAAGAGAAGUUAACGUCUGCCAACACAGCUCUGACGUACAUCUCAGAGUACAGUGCCACAGCUCAAGAUGUGCUCAGCGGGAAAUCCACCGGCCGUCUCGGCAUAGAUGGAGGGGACCUAGUGCACAUCUUUGCAACCGGUGUUCUAUUACUUGCAUCGGAUGGUGGUGGUCGAGUCGAAAACAAUAUAGAUGCGGAUGUAUGCGAGAAGUUGGAGAACCUCAUAGGUGGAUGGACGAUAAGAGAUAUGGAAGAGGCUUCCGCCCUAUUGCGUUCCUUCCAAAACGACGUAACGUCGUGCGCCCGCUCAGAAUGGUGGCCAAGCCUGCAACGUCUGCAGAUCACUAUACGUCGCGCCGGUCCGAACGUCAACGCCUCCCGAUUGAAAAGGCUCGCAAAGAGCUGGGUUGCUUUUGGAACAGCCCUGGGUUUGAUCAUUGAUCAGGAACGUACGCGACAUAGAGAAGCGAUGCGGAGCCGAUGCUCUUGGGUGGAAUGCAAAUACCACCGUGAGAAUAUCGGCGACGUCGUGUUAUCGACGUGUAAAGGUUGUGGGGAAGUCAAAUACUGCGGACGCGAGUGCCAGAGAAACGAUUGGUCGAAGGGCGGACAUAAAGCAUACUGUAAGAGGAUCAAGGCAUAA